AUGUUCUCAUCCAAUGAUACUCCAUCUCACCCCUCUUCCUUCUUGUUACUGGGAAUCCCUGGUCUACAACCUCUUCACCUCUGGUUCGGCUUUCCCUUUUGUGCUGUAUACAUGAUUGCACUCAUAGGGAACUUCACUAUCCUGUUUGUGAUCAAGGCUGAGAGCAGCUUACAUCAGCCCAUGUUCUAUUUCUUGGCCAUGUUGUCUACUGUUGACUUGGGCCUCUGUACUGCUACCAUCCCUAAAAUGCUUGGGAUCUUCUGGAUUAAUCUCACAGAGAUCAACUUUGGAGACUGUCUCACUCAGAUGUUCUUCAUGCACAAAUUCACACUCAUGGAAUCUGCUAUCCUCUUGGCAAUGGCUUAUGACCGCUACGUGGCCAUCUGCAACCCACUCCACUAUAGCAUAAUUCUGACCAACAAGGUUGUUGCUGUGAUUGGUCUUGGUGCAUUAGUGAGGGCAAUCCUUUUGGUCAUUCCAUGUGUAUUUCUGAUUUUGCGGUUGCCCUUCUGUGGGAAUCAUGUUAUUCCCCACACCUACUGUGAGCACAUGGGCCUUGCUCGCCUGUCUUGUGCCAAUAUCAAGAUCAAUGUCAUCUAUGGUUUAUUUGCCAUAUGUAAUUUUCUGUUGGACAUCAUAACCAUUGCCCUUUCAUACAUACGGAUUCUCCGAAUUGUUUUCCGGCUUCCUUCUCAGGAAGCCCGUGUCAAAUCGCUCAGCACAUGUGGGUCUCAUGUGUGUGUCAUCCUUGCCUUCUACACACCAGCUCUCUUUUCAUUCAUGACCCAUCGCUUUGGCAGAAAUGUGCCCCGCUACAUCCACAUACUUCUGGCUAAUCUUUAUGUUGUAGUGCCACCAAUGCUCAAUCCUGUCAUCUAUGGAGUGAGAACCAAACAAAUCUAUGAUUGUGUGAAGAAAAUAUUGCUGCAGUACAAACCAUGGAAAAGGAAUAGCACCUAA